AUGAUCAAUUUCCAAAACCAGAAACAUUUAAACAUAUUUAGCACAUUAAAUCAUCAACUUCACCUCCCAAACCGCCUAACAUAUCUCAAAAACGAAAACUUGAACCGCAAAACUGAAGAAGAGAAAGAGAGAAGAAGAACUAAAGAUGGGUGUUGAUUACUACAAAAUCUUGCAGGUUGAUAAGAAUGUCAAAGACGAAGACUUGAAGAAGGCUUAUAGAAAACUUGCUAUGAAAUGGCACCCUGAUAAAAACCCAACCAACAAAAAAGAUGCAGAAACUAAGUUCAAGCAAAUUUCUGAAGCUUAUGAGGUGUUAAGUGAUCCUGAAAAGAGAGCUAUCUAUGAUCAAUAUGGGGAAGAGGGUUUAAAGGGGCAAGUUCCUCCUCCUGAAGCUGGUGCUGGUGGUGGAACUAGUUUCUAUUCCACAGGAGAUAUACCUGGAUCGUUUCGGUUUAAUCCGAGGAAUGCAGAUGAGAUUUUUGCAGAGUUUUUUGGGUUCUCAAGCCCAUUUGGUGGAAGAGGUGGUGGUGGUGGUGGCAUGAGAUCUAGGUUCUCUGGAGGAAUGUUUGGUGAUGAUAUGUUUAGAUCUUUUGGUGAAGGUGGAGGAAUACAUAUGAAUCAAGCUGCACCUCGUAAAACACCUCCUAUUGAGAAAAAGUUGGCUUGUACUCUGGAGGAGAUAUAUAGAGGAACUACAAAGAAGAUGAAGAUCUCUAGAGAAAUAGCAGAUGCCAGUGGCCAAACAAUGCCAGUGGAAGAGAUAUUGACCAUAAAUGUGAAGCCUGGUUGGAAAAAGGGAACAAAGAUCACCUUCCCAGAGAAAGGUAACGAACAGCUGAAUGUAACUGCCGCAGAUCUUGUUUUUGUGAUCGAUGAAAGGCCACACAGUGUCUUCAGUCGUGAAGGGAAUGAUUUGAUUGUGACUCAAAAGAUAUCUCUUGUGGAGGCCUUAACUGGUUAUACAGUACACCUCACUACCCUAGAUGGUAGAAACUUAAGCAUACCAAUCAACAAUGUUAUCCAUCCUAACUAUGAGGAGGUUGUUCCAAAAGAAGGAAUGCCUCUCCCCAAGGAUCCAUCAAAGAAGGGUAACUUGAGGAUAAAAUUCAACAUUAAGUUCCCAACUCGGCUCACUGAUGAACAAAAAAUAGGAAUUAGGAAACUCUUGACUGCCUCAGCUUGAGAUUGAACAUAUAUGGAUUUAUAAAUAGUAUAUAGUGCAUGCAAGUAUGUCAGGGAGUUACUUAGCUGAAAAUAUUAGAUUUACCAAUAACGUUGGAUGUUUCUUUUGUUUUUUUGAUAUCGAACAAGUAUAAAAAAAUUUAA